AUGAGACUGAAGAUUUUACGGAAUUCCGCGGAAGAGUUCAACAAGAUUUACUCAUUUGUGUCAAAAAUUCACGUGUCCAGACACUGUGUGGACGUGAAUGUACAUCCAUGCAAAGAAAACGUUCAGUUCCUGUUUGAAGACGAAAUUCUGAACGAAAUCAAACAAGCCAUGGAAACAGAACUCAUUCACGGCGAACAAGCGGCUUCAAGGCUCUUCUUCACUCAAAAACCAUCCAAAGUAUUCAGCUCUCGUAUUUUGUGUUUAUUGAUGAAUGUAGCUCUCAUCAACCGUUCGUCCAAUUCCCAAAUAUUUGACCGUUCUGACUGUCGGUCUACCAAACUGGAUGGUUUCGUGUCCUUAAACAAGUCAACUUCGAGUUUGCCGACGUUUCCUGUCAUAAAAACGCAAUUUCCGUCCGUAAAACGAAAAAUGAAUCAACCCAGUCCCCAGGAACCCCCGAAACCACGAUUGGAAACAAACAAGAUUCAAGUUGAUGAAGAAGACUGUCCUACUGAAUUGUCGAGUGUUAUUGAACUGCAGAAUGAAUUCAAAAAUCAAAGAGAGAAGGGUGGGGUGUACUGUAACACUGUAGAUCUAACUGAGGUGAUUAGUUCAUGCACGUUUGUGGGCACUGUUAAUGAGAAAUAUUCUCUUAUUCAGCAUAAAGAGUCGUUGGUUAUGCUGGAAAUGAGGGUUCUCAGUAGAAAUCUGUUCUAUCAACUUAUUUUGGAUAAUUUUGGGGAUUUUGAGUCCUUUAAUAUUCCAGUUUAUUGUGGAUUGUACACUCUUUAG